GGUGUGUGUACAGUGUGAUUGACGCCCUUGCCUGGUACCUGUGAGAGUGAACACUACACUGUAAACCUUCAGACACCUGGUCAACAUGCGGGGACACCUUCUGAUUGUUGUGGUGGUUGUGGUGGUGGUGUGUCAGCUCACGAACUCCAUGGCCGAUACAGACACCAAAGACCAGAGCCUGUUGCAUCUGCUGACUAAGCGAGAAUCCUUGUUUCCAAGUUUUCCACUUCCAAGAUUACCAGCUCCAAGGUUUCCACCUCCAAGAUUACCAUCUCCAGGGUUUCCACCUCCAAUAUUUCCACCGUGCAUAUGUGUCACUGAGCCGUGCCCCUGCUACCCGCCACGCCCACGUGACCCGAUUCUGGACCCCAUUUGGUAACUCCAGUGUAAAGCUGUCGGACAGGUGGAUGAUAAACGAACUAGCCAUCACUAGCAGCAUCAUGGUAUUCUCCCAUUACUACAAAUGACAGAGUGGGCACGACUGCCUUCACCUGACUUGUCUCCCAGCAAAAACAAAAGAAUUAGACUCUGUUUGUUUUGAAGUGUUGCCAUGGAGUCAGUGAUCUCUACUCACUGAUCGUGCUCCUUCGCUGUGUUGCCAGUAUAAUUCAGUCCUCAAUCCUUUCAUUUACAUUCAUUUCUAUUCUUUUAGUUUUGAGUAAACGUAAAAUGGAAGGUCUGUAUUCUGACCAUGUUGUUAGCAAAACUAAAAAUACCGUGAUGUAUGUAAAUACACAAGUAAACAAUGAACUGACAGCAACUGAUUUGACCUGAAGAUUAAAGUAAACACAAUAUAAAGGUGGAUUGAUAA